GAACUGUCAUUUUAGAUUAGUCGGGCUCAGUUGCUGUAUCAUCCGUCUCAACGUAAGUUGUGUUGCUUGCGUACACCGUUCGUCGAUCGACUGCUACGGAACAAAUUUUCAAAACCAUGGAGGUCGAAAUUUUGGAUGCUAAGAGCUCAAAGUCUCUUGGAAAAUGUCAAGUUACAAGUGAAACAACUAUAAAAGCACUAAAGGGAGAAGUAUAUAAACUGAAGAAAUCAUUGUCCAUUCACCGACAAGCACUCCGCCUUGAGCCCCGUGGAAAAACUUUGAAAGACUCUGACACACUACAGUCGCUUAGCCUUUCCUCCGGAGCAAAACUGUAUGUAAGGGACCUCGGACCACAGAUCAGCUGGAAAGGAGUAUUCUUGACGGAAUACGCAGGGCCAAUUUUUGUGUAUCUCAUUUUCUACCAGCGACCGUCACUAAUAUACGGUACAGCUGCAUCGAAUGCGAUGAGUCUAACGGCAAAUAUUGCUGCCGCAUGCUGGGUUGGUCAUUAUGGAAAACGUUUGCUGGAAACUUUGUUCGUGCAUCGUUUUUCGCACGCCACUAUGCCAUUGCGCAACUUGUUUAAGAACUGCUCCUAUUAUUGGGCGUUUGCUGGAUACGUUGCUUAUCACGUGAAUCACCCACUUUUUACGGAACCUAGUACGGCCGUCCUUUAUGCCGGCUUGGCUGGUUUCAUUGUCAGCGAACUGGGUAAUUUCUCCAUUCAUAUGCUUCUGAGAAACCUCCGGCCAGCUGGUUCUACGGUGCGCAAAAUACCCGUUCCGGAUAGUAAUCCUCUGAGUCAACUGUUCAAUUUUGUCUCUUGUCCUAACUACACAUACGAAUUCUUUUCCUGGCUGUCAUUUUCGUUGAUGACUACCUGCGUUCCGGCGUUAAUUUUUGCUGCCGCCGGUAUGUAUCAGAUGACUGUAUGGGCUAUUGGUAAGCACAAGAACUACAAGAAAGAGUUUAAGGAUUAUCCUAAGGGUAGGAAGGCUAUUCUGCCGUUUGUUAUUUAAAUGCGUUUCAUUUGACAUUUUUUGUUGAAUCCAUUCUAUUUGCUCAGAAAAGGGGGGGAUCGAUUUGAGAAGUAGAUUAAAAUAAACAGAUAGCGUUAGGUUUUCGGGUAAGGUUUUUUCAGCUUAUGUUACGAGAGUGGUAAAGUAUGGGAUAGAGAUUAGAUGUGUUUCAUGGAAGAUAAAAACAUUCAUUCCCGUACUGGUUUUUGUAAAACCUAGAAAUAAAUUUCAAAAACAA